AACAUGACAGAAAAUAAUAUAGGCACGUUAGAAGAAGAAGCUUUAAAACGAAAAGAACGAUUACAAGCUCUAAAACGGAAAACCGAAGAUAGUAAAGAAAAUCAAAGCGAAAUCGGUGGGAACUUGCCAAAACCAAAGUUUAGAAGUUACAAACCACAAGAUGAAAGUCUUAAGGUAGAAGUUUUAGAAGAUGCAAAGCCUGGAAACGUUGAAGCGGAAGUACAAGAUCAAUUGAGCGCAGCGACUAGCAAAGUUGUUAUUGAAGAACUUGAUAUUAGUAAUUUGGCUCCUAGAAAACCAGACUGGGACUUGAAACGAGAUGUUGCUAAAAAAUUAGAAAAAUUAGAAAGGAGAACACAAAAGGCAAUAGCAGAACUUAUAAGAGAUCGUCUUAAACAGGGCCAGCAUGACUUGGCUGCUGUUGUAAAUAUAGCAACUAACAAAUAAACAGAUUCACCUACCUGA